UCCAUCUCACUCUCAAGUCUCUAUUAUAUUAUCUUCUAGAUUCGAUCUCAACUUCAAAACAUACAUCAAAUAUGGACGACCAUCAAGGAUCAAAAUACGACUGUCUUCUAUUUGAUAUAGACGACACAGUUUAUCCCAACAGUUCAGGUUUAUCAAGCCAAUGCACUAACAACAUAAUCGAGUUUAUGACCAAAAACCUUGGUGUUGAUGAACACAAAGCUCCUCAACUCUGUGUUAGCCUAUACAAAGAGUAUGGAACAACAAUGGCUGGUCUCAAGGCUACUGGCUAUGAUUUUGAUUAUGAUCAUUUUCACAGAUUUGUUCAUGGAAGAUUGCCUUACGAGAUUCUAAAACCGGAUCCAGCACUCAAAUCCAUUCUUCAAAGCCUCCCUAUUCGCAAAGUUGUAUUCUCUAAUGCAAACAGAGACCAUGUUAAUAUGAUUAUUAAUAAACUUGGUUUAGAAGGUUGCUUUGAUGAUAUGAUAUGCUUUGAGACCCUAAAUAAUCAGACCACUUCUCCAUUCAUUCUCUGUAAGCCAAGUGAUGAUGCAUUCAAACAAGCUUUCAUAAAAGCCAAAAUCAACAUCCCUCACAAAACGUUAUUCUUCGACGAUAGCAUCCGCAAUUUACAGACUGCCAAAAGAAUGAGACUCCACACUGUUUGGGUGGGAUCUGCUCACCGAGAAGCUGGAGUUGAUCUUGCGCUCGAGAGCAUACAUAAUAUGAGGGAAGCAUUGCCCGAGCUAUGGGAAGAUGGCGAUAAAAAUGUGUCUUACUCACGAAAAGGAAAAGUCGGGAUUGAAACAUAUGUCAGGGCUUAAGAUCGAGACACCCGUUUCCUUUAUUUAUUCAAUAAUUUUAUCGUGUCAAUUUGCUCAGUUUUUACUUCAAAUCUAAUAAAUAAAUGGUCUAUUAAUGUUAUGUUAUUGU